AUGGCCAGCCAGAACCAAUACCCACUACUGUCCCACCAGCCCCUCCGGCUUUUAUUCCAACUGACCUACAUUGGAACUGUUGUCGCUCGCCUACCCUACUGGCUUAUUGUUGCUCUGGUUCGACCGUUCAGGCCCCAUCAAAGAUGGACCACGAAGCAGUCCUUCAUGACACGCGUCAUGUAUGCGAUGUUGGACAUGACGUCUCAUCUUGGCAUCACGGAAACGCUGUCUCUCAAGAAGAAAAACGAAGGCAACCGGUUCCAAAUCAUCGACCCAUCGCCCCUAGAUGUCUACGAGGGACCGCUGGCGUCAGUGGUCAAACCUCAGCCUGUAGGAGGGACGUGGUUCCCACACGCACCCGACCCCAACGUGGCUUCGCAAGUUGUUGGCCUUUACUUCCAUGGUGGCGCCUUUGUCAUGGGAGACGGCAGAACCGACUCAUGCGGGUUUUCAGCAAAUCUUUUGCUUGAUCAUGGGGGUGUCGACACCGUUCUCUCUCUCCAAUACCGGCUGUCCGGCUACUCUGGAAUCAAUCCAUUCCCGGCUGCACUACAGGACGCUGUCACAGCUUAUUUAUUUCUCGUCAAUCAAAUGAGGAUCCCUGGACAUCGUAUAGUGAUCUUGGGCGAUAGCGCAGGUGGCAAUCUCACGAUCGCCUUACUGCGGUAUAUCCAAGACUUCGGAGCCGGCCUCGGAGUCCCCAACCCCGGAUAUGCGGUUUUGUUCUCGCCAUGGGUGGCACCACUCCACUACGAUACUGCGAAUCACCGGAAUCGCGGCGCAGAUUACCUGCCGACGUCUUUCUUGCGCUGGGGAGCGCGGGCUUACUCGGCAAAUUUGACCGAUGCCUCGUCUCGCCCAUACAUCACGCCACUAGGCAAUCCGUUUACAACUCCUGUGCCGAUUUUCGUAAACACGGGCUCAGCAGAGUUGUUUCUUGACGCGGAUACUCAUUGGGUAGAAGAGAUGGCGGGGGUGGAUGGAAACGUGAUCGAGUCGCACCUUGAAGAUGCUGCGUGUCAUGAUACCUUUCUGGCCGCUAAGAUCAUUGGGUUUGAAGAAAGCGCUCGGGAUGUUGCUAUAGCGGUAGGAGGUUUUAUUCGCAAGCACCGCCUUACACACCCUCACUAG